AUGAACGACAGCAUAAACGAAGAAAGUUCGAGGUUAGAAAUUUCUCUCACUGGCAACUCAGAACAGAUAUCUUUGCAAGGAGAAGCUCAAGUUCUUGAGCUCAGGGAAAAGCAACAGGCUGCUGACGCCAUACAGGCCGUGUUAUCAGAAAUAGAGAGGAACUGUGAGGCUGUCCGCUUACAGUUGAAAUUGACGGACGGGCAAAUCUGUGGCUUGAUAUGCGAAAUCGAGCAAUCUCAGAGUCGCAUGGAGAGUCUAGAGUUGGAGUCACAAGCCAUCCUAAUGGAGAACAUGAGACUCCGAUUCACCAUUAAAGAGGAGGAGGAACAUACACGCUCGGUACUGGAUGGAUAUCAGUUAUAUCGGAAUAAAAUGGAAUGCCACAAAAGCGCCGUGUUUUUGGUUGAGAGCCAGUCACCUGCUUAUAAAGAAGUGAUGAAGAAGAGAGAGGAGGUCAAAAAACUCAGAGAGGAGAGAGAGGAACUGAGGGUUAACUUACAAGAUCCACAUGGGAGCGCAGUUUUGAAAACUCGGAGAGAGGUCGAUGAGCUGAAGGAGCAGGUAGCAUCCAUGAGGAAGAUGGUUAGAGAGAAGAGGGCAUUUCUGCUGAGGGAGCAAGAGGGUCAGUCACAGCUGAGGAAAGAAAUCAAGAGUCAGAACAGGCGAUACGAGGCCAUUGUGAAACGGCUUCAUUACCAAUUGAACAAGGCUCAGUCAAGCCACAGACAGCUGAGUGCUGAUAUCUGUCAGAUGGAAAAGGAGGUGGAGGAUCUCAAGAGUCGUCUGGAGGUACCUUGGACUCCGUAG